UAAACAUGGUCUUCAACCGUGUCGUUCAAAUUGGGCGCGUCGUCUUCAUCGCCUCCGGCAAAGACCAAGGCAAGCUUGCUGCCAUCGUCAACGUUAUCGACGGAAACAGAGUUCAAAUCGAUGGACCAUCCUCCGAUGUCACUCGCACCGUCAGAAACUUGAAGGAUCUUCAGCUCACCAAGUUCGUCCUCAAGCUCCGUGUUGGACAACGCACCAAGGGAGUUAAGGCAGCUUUCGAUGCCGCCAAGGUCACCGAGAACUUCCAGAAGACUCAAUGGGCCAAGAAGAUCGCUCAAAGAGCUAUCAGAGCCAAGCUCACCGACUUCGAGAGAUACAAGCUCAUGAAGGCCAAGCAGAUGAGAAACAGAAUCGUCCGAGUGGAGCUCGCCAAACUGAAGAAGGCCCAAAAGUAAAACGUUGUUUUGUUUUUAAUGAAAUGUUGUUUAAA